CGCUUAAAAUGAGUCGUUACCGCGGGCAAGGAGCGGCUCAGAGGAUGGACUGUUCAACUGCAUUAUCCUCACGUGCUGCUUUGUCUCCACAGUAUGGCGCAGCCUGAGCUAAGCUUACGGUUUUCUCUAAAGUAGGUGGUUAUCAGGAGCAACUCCGUUGACGUUAGCAGAACGUGAGGUAAAGAGAGAACAGUGAAGCCCACCCAGAUUUCACUGUGGCAUAAAACACUCGCUACGAAGCAUAUCCCAGACGUCACUGAGAAAACGGAGACUUUGCUCAGCCCUACAGCAGCAGAGCUUUAAAGAAAGGCGACUCAAACUGGACAGCCAGGACUCCAGAGAGUCUCCAGCCUGCCUGCAUUUAACACCAGAAUAAGAACUAGUUGAAUUUUGCUCCUCAAGAGUGACUUUUGGGCCUUACAGCUGCAGGUGCUGAAACCAAGGGGCAGUAGGUGACUCUGAUCUUCUCCUGGUCAUAAGCUGACUCCCGAGUUCACGCAGCGUCUGAACAACAAAAUACGGGAACUGCUCCAGCAGAUGGAGAGAGGCCUGAAAUCUGCUGACCCACGGGAUUGCACUGCUUACACUGGCUGGACAGGCAUUGCCUUGCUGUAUUUGCACCUGUACAACGUGUAUGGAGACCCAGCAUACCUCCAGGUGGCCCACGAGUACGUGAAAAAGAGCCUGAGCUGCUUGACAAGACGAUCCAUCACCUUCUUGUGCGGAGAUGCUGGGCCCCUGGCAGUGGCUGCAGUCAUCUACCACAAGCUGCAGAACCACAAGCAGUCAGAAGACUGCAUCACUCGCUUGCUCCACCUACACAAGCUUGACCCACGAGUGCCAGAUGAACUGCUUUACGGGCGCAUGGGCUAUCUCUAUGCGCUGCUAUUUGUGAACAAGCACUUCGGAGAGGAAAAGAUCCCUCAAAGUCAUAUUCAACAGGUCUGUGAAGCAGUUGUGGCCUCAGGCGAGAACUUGGCCAAAAGGAAGAACUUCACAGCAAAGAGCCCACUCAUGUAUGAAUGGUACCAGGAGUACUACGUAGGGGCAGCCCAUGGCUUGGCUGGGAUUUAUUACUAUCUCAUGCAGCCUGGCCUUGGAGUGAGCCAAGUGAAACUGCACAACACAGUCAAACCCAGCGUGGAUUACGUCUGCCAGCUCAAGUUCCCAUCAGGCAAUUACCCUCCGUGCAUCGAUGAUACCAGAGACCUACUUGUCCACUGGUGCCAUGGGGCACCAGGUCUUAUCUACAUGCUUAUUCAGGCCUACAAGGUGUUUGGGGAAGAGCAGUACCUAAAUGAUGCCCUGCAGUGUGCAGAAGUGAUCUGGCAGUAUGGGUUACUGAAGAAAGGCUAUGGGCUGUGCCACGGGGCAGCUGGCAACGCCUAUGGCUUCCUAGCACUGUACAACCUCACUCAAAACAUGAAAUACCUGUACAGGGCCUGCAAGUUUGCAGAGUGGUGUUUAAGCUAUGGUCAACAUGGGUGCCGGACUCCAGAUACGCCAUUCUCUCUCUUUGAAGGAAUGGCUGGAACAAUUUACUUUCUUGCUGACCUGCUGGUGCCGACCAAGGCUAAGUUCCCUGCAUUUGAACUCUAAACCUGAGCUUGGCAAUGCCCUAGCUGAAUCCUUCUGCACUUGGAAAAGCAGUUCGAAGUUGCUUUCUCCUCUUUCCAAACUCAUCGUUGUUUACCUAACUGAACGUAAAUCCAUCCUCCUGAUGACAUGCUGAGUUCGUUAACGUUUCUAGCCAUCUCAUUGCAUUGUUUUGAUUUAAAAGACAGAAUUUAGAUUUUGCUGGCGUCUCCUAAAAAUGCAGGGCUGGGAGUGGGCGGGAGUAAAUGUAUAAUCUUUUGUUGGCUUUACAGAGUUUUGCUAUUUUCUGUAUCCCAUUUACUGGGAGAAAGUUUUCUACUGAAUGUACCUUUGCCCAUUUAACUUUUUUUGUGCUGACAGGUAGUUACAGGAAUUUAGUUGCCUUUGGAAAACAAAAGAUGAACUACUGGGACUAUUGCCCUGCAAUUUGCUUCUAAGCAUUUUCUUUCUGACCAUGCAGGGAGCAGGCAGCUCAGUAGCUGGGCUGCUCCACGUGAAGUGAAUGUGAUGGACUGUAGAGUCUCUAUAUGUGUCUUUUCUGUCAGAUUGCAAGUGGCACAGCUGGAAAUGACAUGCCAAAGCCUUGUCCUAGAUUUACACCUGUCUGCUUGGCAGUCAAAGGCUAUUAUGUAUAGCUUUUUGUGCAUUUUUUCAGUGACAGGCAAACAAAUAAUCCAGUGGCUUUUGUGCUUAUUCAUGAUCUUGCGAUAAACCUUCCAAAAGUCCAUUGAUCAUUUAAUGGCAAACUUCAGUUUAAAAGUCAGCUAAGAAUGCUUGCUGGUGUGGUCUCUCCUGUUCAGCUUUCAAUUUUUUUUUUUUGCAGGCCAUAUUUAAAAUUGUGUAUGAGCAUCAUAGAUGUUCGGUGGAACCAAGCCUACCAGCAGCAGCAUGGGAAAAGAAAUGUAUUCCACUGAGUUCUGUCAGUGUUUAAACCUGUUACCUGUGUAGAUUUUUUUUUUUUUU